AUGAAUCCCGAUGUUGAACGUUUGCCUGUAAUUUAUGAACCGACAAGAUUUUACGUUGCAAUGGUUGGUUUAGGUGCCAGUAAAACUUUCAAUCAAGAUGCGCCACUUUAUCCUUGGAGGUCAUCAACUACAUAUCGUCAUGUUCCUUGUAAUACUCAUCCUCUUUGUAAGGGAGAUAAAUACAAUGCCGAUGGAAAAUGCACUUGCUUAUCAAAAUACGUCAGUGGAUCAGUUACAUCUGGUAUUGUUGCUGAAGAAAAAUUCACUCUAGGCUCUGAUAUUGGUGGCCUUGAAAGUAUUGAACUACUCAUGGGUUGUGCUUUUAUUCAAGAAAAUUUUGAAAAAUAUAUUGGUAAUAAUCAUUUACGUGGAAAACCCGAUCUUAUUGUGGGGAUAUCCGGUUUAGGAUCAGAACAAUGGUCUUUUCUAAAUCAGUUAGGUGUUGUUGGACAAGUUAAAUUUGCCUACUGCUUCGAGAGGUUUAACUCGAAAAUUGAGGGAUCGAACACAUAUUUAAGGUUUGAUGCAGAUGCGAUAAUUGGAGGUGUAGGUCAAGAAGUACGUAAAACUCCCAUUAUUGUGUCUCACUUUCGGCCGCAACUAUAUUACUUAAAUCUAGAAGAUAUCAAUGUGGGUAACAAAAGAGUAGGAUUUCCUAGAGGUACUUUCAAGCUUAACAGUCAAGGAGAAGGAGGUACUGUCAUAGAUUAUGGUUCUCCACUAUCUAUGAUGUAUAAAGAUCAUUUUGAUAGAGUUGCAGAGCUGGUGAAGGCACAUUUUAACGAGCUCGGAAUUGAAUAUAUUGGUUCACUAAAAAGUUUUGAUGUUUGUUUCCGCUUACGGGGAAGAUUUGAUAUUAGUAACUAUCCUUCCAUAACACUUCAUUUUCAAUAG